AUGAAUGUGAAUAGAGAAAAGGUUCAGCCGGCUGAUAUCUCCUUAUCAUCAGCGGCAGUGGCAGACCCGAUGUCUUGUACCAUCCACAGUGAAGACAUGGAUAUGAAUGGGGACCAGAGACUCCCAGGCAGUGACCUGGCAGCGUUCUCCUGCCCGGCCAGCCGGGAGAGACAAGGGGCCACACAGGGCAUCUCUGGCCAAGAGGCAGUGGUCGUGCUCCCUGCUCCAACCAGCAACAACAGGACCACCUCUUUCUCGGUCUUGGACAUUUUGGAUCCCAAUAAAUUUAACAGCAGUAAGCGCCGGCAGUGCAGCAUUCUGUACAGAGCCGCCAGCGAGUACACAGUGGCAGCGGCGGGGGAAAGGGCUGCGGAUGCUUUUUGUGAAAUUGCAGAUCAGAAAACGAUAAGCGAGAGCGGCUUGGACACAUGUAAGAAGUCAAGUGACAUAAUCAAGCCAGCAGCCGCUCCAGCAGCCGCAGCGAGCCAAGCUCAACAGCACAGGAGCAAGAGGAAGCGCAGCGGCUCGGACGCCAAGUCGGGCAAACCCCGGCGGGCCCGCACCGCCUUCACCUACGAGCAGCUGGUGGCGCUGGAGAACAAGUUCAAGUCGACCCGCUACCUGUCGGUGUGCGAGCGCCUGAACCUGGCUCUGUCCCUGAGCCUGACCGAGACCCAGGUCAAGAUCUGGUUCCAGAACCGCCGGACCAAGUGGAAGAAGCAGAACCCGGGGGCGGACACCAGCGCUCCCACCGGGGGAGGAGGUGCAGGAGGCGUAGGAGGUGGAGGAGGAGGAGGAGGAGGAGGAGGGGCCGGGGCUCACCUGGGCGGCCUGAGCCCCAUGAGCUCGUCCUCCCCGGUGGGUGGGCCGCUCUCCGUGCACUCGGCUUACCCUGGCCCCGGGGGGCUGGUGUGCGCCACCCAGUUGCCCUUCCUGCCCUCCCCCGCCGCCGUGCUCUCCCCAUUCAUGCUGAGCUCGCAGACUUACGGGACACCGGCUUUCUACGCACCUCAUUUACAAUAA